AACCUCUCUCUCAGGUCUGAAGUCUCCAGCAAAACACUUCACAACAUCAACAAACCACGUGGGAUCCCCCACAAACUUGACCAUCCAGGUCUGGGCUAACCAUGGCCUCUCUCAUCACGGGUAAAGGCCAUCUGGUCCUGACUAGCGGCCUCAAAUUCUGGCCGGCCCCUAUAACCUCCUCAUCCUCAUCAUCAUCAUCCCACAGUCUCAAUUUCAGCUUGAUCAUCGUCCGCCACCUCCGUCGACCCCGUCACGCCCCGAGCACCGCCUCGACAGCUUCGACCGCCCACUUGAAGGUGACCGACCCCGACCAGUUGCCCUGGCAAGUCAAUGCUUGGGAUAUGAAGGCUCAGUUAGAAAAGGAAGCCCAGCAGCUCGAGACGGCUACGGCCCGUCCGUCGGCCCCGACUGCCCCUAUUGCCCCCCUUAGCACGCCCCCGACACCUCCGGUCUAUGUCAAAUCAAUGCGGAUCGAGCCUUACAUCCAGGUCCAACCCGGCCAAGGCCAGGCCAUGAAAGCCGCCAAGGAGCAAGCGUGCCAAGAAUUGUUAGUCCCUUUCUCUCAAAAGGCCCAAGUCCAGACUUACCGGAAUGUCUGCCACGCCCUGCAGGCCCAAAAUCGGGCUCAAACCACCGAAUUGACCCUCGCUAAUCAACGGGCCGUGCUCAAAUCCAACUUAAGCCCCUUUCAUGACUGGCCGUAUGACGAGGAACUUCGACUCAAAUCCCAAUUCACGGCCGAAAUGGUAUUACGGUAUCUGCGGGGUCUCGGACCCGCCUAUUUAGACCGUCAGCAAACGCAACAUAUUUAUGAGACCGUGCCUUCCCCCAUUUUGACCGCUUAUCGCAAUCGUAACGAGUUCAUGGUCCAUGUGGGCGUGGACGGGGCCGAGAAAACCGUGGGAUGCUUGCUCAAGUCUACCCAAGGGUUACGUUGUGUGCCACCGGAUGGGGUGAUAAGCCUGAAAGAGUCGCACCGACGAGUGGCUCAUUUGUAUCAGGCCUUCAUUCGUCAAGCGCCUUUGAAGGCCUAUGCGUUACCCAAUGCCGACAAUCCCAAUCCAGCGGGUCAUUGGCGAGAAAUGAUGGUCCGGUCCAAUAGUGAGAAUCAACUUGUCGUUGCCGUUGGAUUUAACCCGCAAGAUCUCUCCUCGGAGACAGUGCAAGAGCAAAAGCAACAGUUGAUCGACUACUUUAGUGCUCGAGCGGGUGAUUUCGAGCUGGAUAUCCAAGGGAUCUAUUUCCAGAUUAAACGAACUGAUUCGUCAUUCGAAGUGAUUUCUGAGUUGAUUCACGGCGAACCUCAUGUGGUAGAAGAACUGAAUGGAGUCAAAUUUUUGAUCCGACCCACAUCCAAGUUUCCCAUUAACCUACCCGCAUCGCUCAACCAUUUACACUUGGUUCGUGAUAUGCUCGUGCCGUCUGCGGACAUGACCGUGAUCGAAGUUGGGUGUGGGAGCGGCUUUUGUAGUCUGAAUUUGGCCAGUCAAGUGAAGUUUUGGUACGGAAUAGAUGCGAGCAGUGAUUGCAUUGAGGAUGCUGAAGAGAGUGCGGACUUGAACGGGAUCAAGAAUUGUAGUUUCGAAAGUGGCAAAGCGCUGGGACUCUUGCGCGAUAUCUUGGAAGAAGCCCAAUACCAAAGUGGUCCUUUGGCCGUCAUCUUGGACGGUGAACGCAGAGGUGCCGAUGGCAAAGUCAUCGAGGUGUUGCGAAAAUGUGAGAAAAUCCGGAAUAUCAUCUACCUUACUUCCAACGGCAGCGACCCGAACACGAGGAUGAAUUUUCAUCAUUUGAGUAAAAAAGCUCGUAAGAAAUCAAAGAGCAAGUUGAAAACCAACCCUUGGGGUGGUCAUUUUCAUCUCAAAAACGCCAUUGGUGUCGAUACUUUACCACGCACGGUCUGUUGUGACCACAUCUUGAAGUUUCUGCGUUAAGCCAAUAAAUGAGUCAUAAUCGAGUACCUUCCCUGGAUUUUAGUCAUCAUACCAUUGAUGGAUCAUUAUUAGCUGAACGAACCUCUUGAUUAACUCUGGUCCCAUUCUUUAG